AUUAUCUUCCCCUCUUUCCAAUUUGCAAAUGAUGGUGGAAUAUUGACUGGACUAGGAUUCCCUUCACAAUGUUAAAAUUACAACUAUUUAACACGUUUCUUACCGACCGAUUAUCAGCGGCCGCUGUGGAAAUAUCUGGGGCAUUUAAAAAACCUUAGCAGAGUACCAGGAAGAACUAUCCCGUUCAAAGGAGGAGAUUGAACGUCUACAAAGGAUGCUAGAUUUGGUUUUGGAACCCGAGAUAAAGUUACAUGGAACAGAAGUGGUUUCUCAGCAAGAGGGGAGCCCCAGUUUGGGCCAAGACCCAGAUCCCACACAGAUUAAAAAUGAACAGGACCCUGAGCCAACAAUGAUUAAAGAGGAAGAAGACCUCAGGACCAGUCCGAAAGAUCACACACAGAUUAAAGAGGAGGAGGAGUUCUGGGUCAGUCAGGGCGGAGACCAACUUCAAGGGCUGGAGUCUGAUAUAAAAGAGUUCAUAUUCAACCCUCCCUAUAUUAAAAGUGACUGUGAUGAGGACCCAUCUCAACCCUCACACAUUUACCAAAGUCAAAAUGUAAAGAACAGACUCUAUACCUACCAACACAACUGAGCAGAUGGAAACAGAAGAGAACUACAGUGUCUCUCAGCCCUUCUCUGCAGUAAAUUGUGCUCUGCUGAUGAGACUAGAACAAGAGAAAAUGCUUGGGUUGAGAAGGGAGAAACAUCGUCAGGGUUAAAGCGGAGUUGUGGAGGCAAAAAAUAUUGUUGCCAUAUCUGUGGCAAAUGCUUCGCACACAAUACUAAUCUGAGAAUCCAUAUGACUAUUCACACAGGGGGAAAAGCCAUAUAAGUGCAAAGACUGUGACAAAUGCUACAGUGCAAAGGCAGACCUUGUAAGGCAUAUGAGGAAUUGUCAUUAUUGGCCAGGGCAUGUUCUAGGAGGACAUUUUAAUCAGGAAACCCAUCAUACUGUGACAAACAAAGAUGCUUUAUUAAUGUGUGAUGACAAGGAGUUGCUGGGAAGAUGCAGACUGGCCACCCCACAUAUGCUCUCUAAUUCUCUCUUUCUUUCUCUCUCUCGGAGGACAUGAGCCCUCGGACCAUGCCCCAGGACCACCUGACAUGAUGACUCCUUGCUGUCCCCAGUCCACCUGGCCGUGCUGCUACUCCAGUUUCAACUGUUCUGCCAUAUUAUUAUACGACCAUGCUGGUCAUUUAUGAACAUUUUAACAUCUUGGCCAUGUUCUGUUAUAAUCUCCACCCGGCACAGCCAGAAGAGGACUGGCCACCCCACAUAGCCUGGUUCCUCUCUAGGUUUCUUCCUAGGUUUUGGCCUUUCUAGGGAGUUUUUCCUAGCCACCGUGCUUCUACACCUGCAUUGGUUGCAGUUUGGGAUUUUAGGCUGGGUUUCUGUACAGCACUUUGAGAUAUCAGCUGAUGUACAAAGGGCUAUAUAAAUACAUUUGAUUUGAUCAGGCAAGAAUGAAGUUUCUAUUGGAGUUAGUCAGAGACUCUCACGUCGUCAAAACAUCAAUGUCAAGACAUUUCUCCUGAAGUUAAAUUACUAAUAACCCUGGGUUACUUGGCCACAGGCAAGAUGCUACUGUGCAGUAGUGACGAUUUGGGACUGUCAAGCUGUUCUAUAGCUCAUGUCAGAAUGGUGGUAACACAAACUAUCAAUGCCCUCUCAGAUCCUCAACUAGUAGGCCAGUUCGUUGCCUUCCCGCAAGAUGCCAGCCAGCUCCAACACAACCAAGCUAGGUUUAAGGCAAUAGCUGGCUUCCCCAGUGUUGCUGGAGUCAUUGGCACAACUUUUAGCAGCUCAGUAUUAAGUACGACAUACAACAAGGAGUUCAAGAAUUUCCCUGGAGACCCAAUUAUUUUAAUCGACACCCACAUGGUGUUCGAUGCACACUGCAAGGUUAUCUAUGUUGUGCCGAAGUGUGUGGAUCAGGAGAUACUGAGUGAGGGUGGCCUCAAACAGAUUGAUGGGCUUCUUGCGCUUGCUCAUAUCACUUGCUGGGGGACAGUGCUGCUCACAUCUUACCUCCAUCCACUGCCUGGCCCACAGUUGAACUACAACAGGGCACUUAAGAAAACGUGAGAUGUAAUGAGGGGCAUCAGCCAAAUGAAGAGGAGAUUUCCCAUCCUGCAAGCAGACAUCCAGUUGAAGCCGGAGAGGAAACUGCUUUCGGGAUUCAGACUUGACCUGGGACCGUUGAAAGAACCUCUGGGAUUUAUUCGGGUUCUAGAAUGGGUGUUCACCAUCUUUGCCUUUGCCACCACGGGGGGUUAUUCUGGGGUGACCCAAAUCCUUGUGAAAUGUGCGGGGGAGGAGCCCAAGCCCGUAAGGGCAGGGUUCAGCUACCCCUUCAGGUUGUCUAGCUACGGCCCUUACAUGGUACCCGUGUGUAACAGCAGCGCUGCGAAUGCGACCUACCUCCAGGGCGACUACUCCUCCUCAGCCGAGUUCUAUGUCAGUGUCGGUGUCUUGGGCUUCCUGUACUGCACCGCCACCCUGGUGCUCUACCUGGGCUACCAGCAUGUGUACCGCGAGGGCCGCGGACCCACCUUUGACCUGUUGGUGACUGCUGCCUUUGCCUUCCUGUGGCUGGUGUCCUCCUCUGCCUGGGGUAAGGGCCUGACUGAUGUGAAGUGGGCCACCAACCCAGGACACCUGGUUGAGGCCUGCCAGCCCCAGUGCUUACCUGGAGAGUACCCGUCCAUGGGAAAACUCAAUGCCUCUGUGAUUUCCGGGUUUCUGAACGUCAUCCUGUGGGCAGGUAACUGUUGGUUCAUCUUUAAGGAGACUCCAUUCCACAAAGACUCCAACCCAGCAACCACCAUGGAGGGUGGAGUCCCCAGCUCUUAAUUGGCACACAGAAGCUCCACCUCUACAGUUCAAACCAAUUACCAAGGUGCUUGGGACUGACAGUGUAACCCUAUUAGGAAAGAAACUAAAAUGUAGAGCAAAAUUGAGUUUUUUAACCACAAACAGCACAGGCCCCUUUUCAAUGACGAAUGUUCGGCUCAAGCUGAGGGAUAGUAGUUAGUUGCCCAUCUCUAACAUUCAACACACUGAACCCAGGUUGUUGUUUAUCUACUUUUCAUAGAAUUGGUCAGUUAAUAUGAUUGAUUUGCUAGCUGCACUCAACACUACCCCAAUUUACAGAGUGAUCACAACUAUUUUUUAAACUUUUUUAAAUGGAAUUUCCUUUCCAAACUAAGUGCCUUUACUGUACAUAAAAUGUGUUCAGUUACUGUGAACAUGGCUUGAGUUGAACACUGAUGGGGAUCUGGGUAUUUGUGAUAUCCAACAUGUUUGAUUUGGUCGGUUCCUCUAGAACAGGUGCUUUAGAUAACAUAGGCCUACCACAAAACAGGGCUUGCAGACAACCUACUGUAGCUGAACUGUUCCCUAUAUUUGAUUCAUAUGAGGAAGUUCAGUAAUGCUGGGUUGACAUACAGUAAUUGCCUGUCUGGAGGUCUCCUCCUUUCCCAUGAAUUUGUUAAAGGAGAUGUCAAAGGUCAUGUUGAAAGCCCCUGUUCUAGGUUGCCUUUCAGGUCUAAAUUUGGCCCUUUAAAAUAAGAAACAAUUUAACUACUGGCCUUUAAGUAACUCCCUAAUAUUCCACUACUACUGCGUGUUUUGAAACGGACCUCAUAGAUACAUUGAUGUUGCGUUUCUGUGUCUGAAAGCGUAUUGCUUUGGUGCACUUAACUCGUUAGAGCUGUUUUAGCUACUUGAUUGCAGUCGUUACUGAUGUACAAUGCGUUCCUCUCUUUGACGUGUGUUAUGGCUUUUUUGUCAUUAUUUUGAUAACCGUAUGAAAAGUGCCUUGGUAAUUUACACCAAAUAUCAGUAUCUGGUUAAGAGAGUACUUACUCUCAAAGAGUAACCAAGUUAUUUUGGCUACAGUCAAGUUGAUGUAACACGUUUUUAGUAACGGCUGUCUGUUUUAGUUAUUCAAACGGUCAGUGCCUAUAGUCCUCGACAGCGCUGGUUGGUGUAUGUUUGCUCAACAACCUGCAGAUAAGUGGUAUUUUUGUGGAUAUCUUGGAAAAUUUAGCCAAACUUUUUUUUUAAAUUUGUGUAUUGUGGAGGUGACCAUUCAAACAACUACAACACUAAGUUCCCUAAUGUAUUUGACUCUUCUCAAAAAUGUUGUUUGAAUGGGAUAAGGCAACUUUAGAAAAGUCAUUAUUUAUACUUUUAUUUUAUUUUUUACCUACAUUCAUUGGUCAAUAAAAAUUUAAAAUUAAAGCUAAUUUAUGGCUUCUGUGUGUUAAGAAAAAUAUAUUUUAUGCAGCUUCUCUACCAGAGUCAUUUUUAUACAAACACAGGUCCCAGAUUUGUUGCUUUUUAUUUGGCACCACUGGACAAGCUAGACUUAAUCAUGACGCCGCCAAGUAACAAGUGGCAACAUGUAGGUGCCAAAAUGUGGUGAAUCCUGCUGUAUUUUUUGAAUAAUGCUUUUUUCCCCCUCACUUAUUUACAUUGGUCCUACAUUUAAUUUCGGCAAUGAUUGCGUUUGAUGGUUAUGUGGGGAUGACGUGCAAAGUCUGUCCAGCUCUAUGGGAAGUGAAUGGAACUUGAGUUUUUUUUGUUGCUUUGCACUAACAUUUGUAAUUAAUGUCAUUGACUUAUGAGUUGUGAUUUGAGGGAAAUGCAGACAUUGUGCAAUCCACAUAGUGCCGUUCAUACCGCCUUGGCCUCUGUAGUUAUUUACAAAGGGAAGGUUUGAGUCAAUAUCAGUCAUCAAAAGACACUGAUCUAGAUAAUUUGUGCCAUUUUAAUAGAAAUAACCUAGCUUUUUAGGGUAGAAGUCAGACUUGUGGGUCUUCUAUAUUCUCUAAUGGGAUUUCUGAAAUUUGACUCUGUAUUUAUUUUGUAUUUUGUUCCAUGUUUGUACAAAAUAAACGUCUGUACAUCCUCUGUAUUGACAACACAUUAAAGGAUAAGAGAGCUGCAACAA